AUGUCCGAGGCUCCAAUAGUUCUCGAUGGCGGUACCGGAUUUCUCAAAGUCGGCUAUGCCGGAUCAAAUUUCCCCGAGCAUCAAUUCCCAAGUAUUGUUGGGAGGCCGAUAUUACGAACGGAAGAGAGGGAAACGGGAGGCGAAGUCCUCUUAAGGGAUAUCAUGUGCGGGGACGAAGCCGCCAAAGUCAGGACUAUGCUACAAAUCAGCUACCCGAUGGAAAACGGCAUCGUCAAGAAGUGGGAUGAUAUGCUCCAUCUAUGGGAUUACACCUUCAACGAAAAACUUCAAAUCGACCCAACGGGCCGGAAGAUUCUCCUUACAGAACCCCCAUUGAAUCCCCUGAGUAAUCGCGAGAAAAUGUGUGAAGUUAUGUUCGAAAACUAUAACUUCGGUGGAGUUUAUGUUGCGAUACAGGCCGUGCUCGCCCUAUAUGCACAGGGUCUCAGCAGUGGUGUCGUUGUAGACUCCGGAGACGGUGUUACUCAUAUUGUUCCAGUCUACGAAUCUGUUGUUCUCAACCACCUGACCCGCCGUCUCGACGUGGCGGGUCGUAACGUCACCCGACAGCUUAUUAAGCUUCUCCUACGUCGCGGGUAUGCCUUAAACCGCACAGCCGAUUUCGAAACCGUCCGUCAAAUAAAGGAAAAGCUUUGUUAUGUUUCCUAUGACCUCCAACUUGAUCAAAAACUCGCGGAAGAAACUACUGUUCUCGUCGAGAACUACACGCUGCCAGACGGCCGCGUUAUCCGGAUAGGUAGCGAACGCUUCGAGGCGCCAGAAUGCUUAUUCCAACCACAUUUAGUCGACUGCGAUCAAGAAGGCUUAGGCGAAUUUCUCUUUAGCACGAUCCAAAGUGCUGAGGUGGACGUCAGAUCUAGCUUGUUCAAGGCAAUUGUCCUUUCCGGGGGCUCCAGCAUGUACCCUGGGCUCCCAAGCCGGUUGGAGAAGGAGCUUAAGCAAUUAUGGCUGACGAGGGUCCUCAACGGGGACCCCACUAGAUUGAAUAAAUUUAAAGUUAGGGUCGAGGACCCGCCGAGAAGACGGCAUCUCGUAUUUAUGGGAGGUUCAGUGCUCGGCAAUAUCAUGGCUGAGAAUGAGGGAAUGUGGAUAACAAAAGCUGAAUGGGAGGAGCAAGGGAAAAGAGCCCUAGAGAAGUUAGGUCCCCGGGGUUAA